AUGGCCUCUUCCAUGUCUCGAAGGUCACCCGUGACACCGCCAUACGAUGAUGACUACAACCAAAGCCCAAAGGGUCUACGGGGCCCAGGAUUGAGAAGCAGUCCAUCGUCGGCCUGCCUGCCCGUUCCCACCAUGAGAUUCUCUCCGCCCCCGACGCCCCGAAGCUCACGACCGAAUAAGAUGUCCUUGCGCCUGAGGAGCAAUUCUGGCCUGUCAUUACACACAAACGAAGACGCCUUCCGUCGAUACACCGACUACAAUCCCGAUGGGUCCCCGAGAUCCCCGACUUUUGGGCCCGGUAUGUGGCCCAGUCUCGACAGCGUCUCAACAAGUCUGCGCCGAAGCUUCGGGCCACCAGUCAUGGAGAUCGAACCAGAGACUUUGUCUAUACCGGACUUCCUUGGCCGAGAGGUCUUUCAGAUGGUUCUUGCCAACGCUUCCGCCUCUCAACGUUUCUUCCAUUUCGCCCAAAAUCAUGGCUGCGGUUCGGACGUCGAAUUUCUUCUGAGGACCCAGGAAUACGCGAAAUCAUUAGCACUGUUUGGGAAACAAGCCUCAUCAAUGCCGACACCAGCAAAUCUACCUUCAACUGUCUCCAAGUCAUUGAAUGCCGAUAUGAAGCAGUUGACAAAUUCUGUUCUCCCAGGUCUCGAAUCUAUGUUUGCAGAAUCUACACGAUGCGUCGAGCAGCGAGUUGCCCGGUCCAUCUAUCCAGAAUUUGUGAAGCAUCAGCUUGCCAUCUCUACCUCGGCGGCUCUAUCCGGCACUCGCGUCUUCAAAUAUCCUGGUCUUGCCGAGUCAUUCUGCUUGACGGAUGCCUUGAGCUCAGACUACCCCAUCAUCGCCGCAUCAGAUGCUUUCGUUUCUGUUACUGGGUAUCCGAAAGUCGAGGCUCUUUCAAGCAACUGCCGUAUCUUACAAGGGUCACUCACGGACCAGGACACCGUCAAACGCAUCCGAGAUACUGUCGCGCGGGAGGAGGAGUCGUUGGAGCUCGUACUCAACUACCGGAGAGACGGCACCCCGUACUGGAAUCUUCUAUUCACCUGUCCGCUCACGGACUCUUCCGGCAAGCUACGAUACUACCUCGGAGGGCAGAUCAACGUGUCGGACAACGUUGGUGGCUACAAAGACCUCCUCCGGAUUCUCAACUUUGGGCCGGCGCUAGAUGAGGUAAAGGAAGAGACCUCGGGUCGGGAGUCCCGAGUCAGUCGCCGCAUGAGCCGUACGAGCAGCCGAGACAGAAAACAGGAACGGCGGACCAGUCUCCGCAAUAGGGAUAGUCUACACAACAAAGGGCCCAAGAAAAGCCUCUUCCAACCAUUCCGAAAGCAUGCGACGCACAACAGCAACAAUCAGGAAAAUACGUCACCGUCGCAGGGCGUUGGCCUCGGCUUGGAGCAGUUGCUAACGGUUUCGAGCUCGGAAGAGCACCUUUCGGCACCCACUCAGCUGGACACUGUUUACUCUGGCUACAGCCGAUUCAUUGUUUUGCAAAUCACGGACGGACCUUCCGCCUUCCCACCAAGGUCAUCGUCUCUACCUCCAGACCCUAACAAGAGAAAGGCCGCUCAGCUGAGUGUUGCCUUUUGUUCAGCCGCCGCGCUGGAGGCGCUCGGCCUCGGCCUUUUCGCCGAUAGCAUUACGCACCGAGACAUCUUUACCGUCCUUUCCGACCUCGCGGACUCGCCAUCGAUUACGAAGAGCUUCAAGAACACGGUGCGCGAACGGGUGAUUCAAAACGGAAAGACGGCCACGCUAGAUAUCAUGCUCGGCGGUAACUACCUCGCACGGAAGGGCAGUCUCAUUGGCCUCGGCGGGCGUUCAUCCAAAGACGAAUCAGACGGCAGCACGAAGAAACAUGGACGACCUGUCAGCAGGUCGGGUUUUGCCAGCCUGGUGAGCGAGGCAGGGAAGAUGGAGAAGCUCACCAGCCAAUGGACACCAUUGAAGAAUGCGGAGGAAAAGGUUGAGUGGAUAGUUGUUAUCAUUACACCGAUGAAAUAA